CAGUUGCAUGGCUCAUCUCUAGCAUGCUAUAUUUAGCGGGUUUUUGUUUUUGUUUUCUUGUUUGUUUACAUUUAAAAUGUCGCCGCUUGUCGAGCAAGAUGUUCCCGAAUUUUUGUUACAACGUGAUACAAUCGCCUACUGCAGUCAGCUGCAUGUUAGGAAAUCCAAGUCUAGUCUUGUACUUGGGCGCAAUCUUAAGUUUUAUGAAUUCCGCAAAAAGGAGUUGUUGCAUCACAUCGACCUUAUGGAAACAAGCCUCCAGCAGCUCGCCACGAAACUUAAGUCGUACAAUGGACCGCUCAGUAGAUUUCUCAUACGUGAUGAUGUGGCCGACAGCAGCGGCGAUGCGACCAGUUACAGCAUGCUGCACGUCCCUGAGGAGCUGCCCCUGAGCAUAGGCAAAUACGUUUGGCUGGGCGAGCACAUUUACGUGCUGCUCCAAUGCUGGCAGAAGUUGCUUGUACUUCGCCGACCAGAUGAGCAAGGCGCCAGCUUUCAGCUCAUUGCACAGCAUGACAACCUAAACGAGUACAAGCUGGUCAGGGGACCCAUACGGUAUCAGGCCUAUGUGGAGCUACAGUUUACUAAUGGCAAGCGAUUGCGCACCAAUUUUCAAGGUAGUGAAGUGCCUGAGAGUCCUCUAGCCGGUAGCGGCAGCGGCACUGUUGCUGGCUUUAAGCGACUGAUGCAGCGCGUCCAUUGCGCACGCGCCGAGUUGCAUUCGCAGCGUAGCCAAACUCAGCUGGACUUUGUGCAGUCACGCGAGCUGCAGGCCUUCGGUGUGCCAGGUCAGCGCUCGUUGUUGCUGGAGGAGAAGCAGCUGUUGCGACGCUGCGGCGACAUAUGGACGCGCAUUUGUGGCGAUUCUCUGGUGCUAGGCACCCUCCUAACCAACAUGGCGGGCACAAGUUGCAACAGCACGCUGCACGCUCUGCGACCAUUGCUGCGCCUGCCUCAUGGCUCUGGCUUAAACUAUGUUCAUCGACUGUACGAGCUGCCGCUGCAGGCUGAUGGCCAACCGCCGGAGGAUUACGAUAAGCUGGCCCAGUUCUGGGCCAUGCAGCAGCAACAGUCCGGCAACAGUUUAGGCUGGCUGCCUGCCUCCUGUGUUGAUCAGCUGCCACCUGAACGCAGCGCCGUGUUGCUUGUGCGUCUGCAGCUGGAGGAUUUGCUAAUGCUGGAUAGCAUACAACUGCUUGCUUUAUACGAGCUGCAGGGCGAGUGCAAGCGACAGCUGCAGCUGCAUAUAGCCAGCAUUAAUGUGGCCGCAGUGCUGCAGCAACAGGAGCUGCAUGUGCCGAGCUUUGCUCCGCAUACGCUACAUCAGGACUUUCUUGCUGUGAUCAUGACUCAGGCGGCGCACUGCGCUCUGCGACUAGUGUUUCAAGGCGUGGAGCAGCAAACGCAAUUCGAGCAGCUGCUAUUGAUUAAACUAAACUUUGUGGCCACAACUGUGCCGCAUGAGAAGCAUCAACAGCAGCAAUCGGACUCCAUGCAACUGCUGGAUGACUCUUGUCCGCAGCAGGAGUUUGCCUUUGACAAUGGCAACACGGAUAGCAGCAAUGGCUGCACAGCAUCUGUCCAUCGCAUCUUCUAUAAUGGUCCGAAGCGGCUGCUUUUGCUGCGCAACGAUCCUGGUAACCAUUGGCAUUUCUAUGCCAGCAGUGAGACGCAGCUGUGCCUCUUGGUGAGUCGUCUGCUGCGUGAUCUCUUGCAGCUGCAUUGCAAUCUAUCGCUGAUCGAGCUACAGGCAGAGGCAUGCAGUGCGCCCUCAAAUGCAUCACUUCUAUUGGAAUCAGCGCUGCGCGACGAACUGCAAGCCCGAGCAGAGCUACUGCAGCAGCAACCACAGCGAGCGCAACUCCACGCCAGCACCUCAAAACGUCUCCAUCAACUGGAAAUGGUCAGCGAUUCGCUGAUAACUGUGAUAAGGACCCAAACGCAGUCAAAUAGCUAGCUGUUUGGGUAGUAGAGCAUUUAAUACUCGAUGUUAAUUCAAAUUUUUAUUUUCUUUAUAAUUUUUAAUAGUUUUAAUUGUUUUUGUAUACAACAUGUG